ACCGUCCGCACAUAUGGCUAUCUUCUCGUGUUGUUCGAGGAAGAGACUCUGCCGUGGGAGGUUGUUGGUCCACCAUGUCUGCCCCGGUCCAUUUAUCAUCCAUUACCUUUGUCCGCAGGCUGGUUGCAUUUCUCGGGCCCCACACAACACCGGCAGCAAUAGUGGACUCAGAUGCUGCUUUGUCGCCACGGCCAACUUACGCUCAAAGGCCAGACAGGGAGCGUGGGUAGUGGGAAGCGCCCAUGACCAAAUCUUUCCUUGCACGGACAAUGUCUUUCCAAAUCCCCACCCCGUUAUAACCCAACGCCCCAUCGGCCCUCCGCGCUCACACCCUCCCCUUUCUUCCCCACUCAUCCUCUCGUCGACAGGCUUGAACGCUCGUAAAACAUGGCUACCCCGUCUGCUACGAAUGGAAGCACCAAUGGACACGCAAACGGAACAAUGAGCGUGGACACCCCUAGCUCGAACGGAGGCGAUACCUCGCUAGAAACACCGCUCGAGGACAUCGAGAACUACCACACCCUCCUACACACCACCGCCUCCACCACACACACACACCCGCUCGCCUGGCGACGCCACCAGCUCCUCCAGCUCGCGCGCAUGGUGCAGAACCACGCCAACGAGCUGUGCGACGCUCUGUGGGCCGACAUGCGCAAGCCGCGCACCGAGGUCAUAUUCACCGAGAUCGGCGCCCUCGUCCAGCGCGCGGUCAAGAGUGCCGCGAAGCUCGAGGAGUGGACAAAGGAGGAGCGCCCGAGUGUGGGUGUGCAUCAGGGUUCGUGGAACGCUACAAUCUACAAAGUCCCCAAAGGCGUUGUCCUCAUCAUCGCCCCAUGGAACUACCCCCUCAUCCUCACCCUCCAGCCGCUCAUCGGCGCCCUCGCCGCCGGCUGCUGCGCCCUCCUCAAACCCUCCGAACUCGUCCCUACCACAUCCGCCCUCCUCGCGCGCCUCGUAUCCCAAUACCUCGACCCCUCCGCCGUGCGCGUCGUCCUCGGCGGCGUCCCCGCCGCGACCCGCCUCCUCGCGCUCCGCUGGGACCACAUCCACUACACCGGCAACGGGCGCGUCGCGCGCGUCGUCGCCGCCGCCGCCGCGAAGUUCCUCACGCCGCUGAACCUCGAGCUCGGCGGGAAGGGCCCGGUGUGUGUUGAUCCGGCGUACGAUGUUGAUUUGGCGGCGAAGCGGAUUCUGUGGGGCAAGGUGAACAACGCGGGGCAGGUCUGCGUCGCACCGGACUACAUCCUCGCGUCCUACACCUCGCUCGACACCCUCGUCGCCUCGCUCCGGAAAUGGUACGCCGCGUUCUACCCGCCCUCCACCGGCGGCGCACUGCACUCGCGCGAAUACGCAUCGAUCGUCUCCGACGCGCACUACGCGCGGCUCACGGGCCUUCUCGCGCGCACCAAGGGCACGAUCGUCAUGGGCGGCGGGACGGAGAACAGCGCAGAGUGGCCGAGGCGGAUCGAGCCGACUGUGGUGGUGGGUGUGCAGGGGGACGAUGCGCUUAUGGAGGAAGAGAUAUUCGGUCCUAUUCUGCCUAUCAUAGCGAUCGACGCUGUCGACUCCGCGAUCGACUUUGUGCGCUCGAGACCAACGCCGCUCGUGCUGUACAUGUUCACGGAGGACCCCCUGUUCAAGCAGCGCAUACUCAAUGAGACGCGGAGCGGAAACGUUGUUUUCAAUGAUGUGUUCCAGCAACUUGACGUUGACGAGCUUCCGUUCGCGGGCGUGGGUGAUUCUGGCUACGGAAACCAGAUCAUGGAGUACACCUACCAAGCAUUCACGCAGCUCCGGAGCUCGAUAGACAUGCCGAUCGACGCCGAACCCGCCCUGAGCGUGCGCUACACCCCGCGUGGUGAGGACGCCACGCGCAUCAUCACGAGCGCCGCGUGGCAGACCAUCCCGCCGAGCAGCGCCCCAGCCCCGGCCAAGAGCCAGUCGUCGUUCCCGUUCUAAGCGUGUUGGUCUCGGCAGGGUCCUGCGAUGAGGCUGGGGGAUGUGAGGCGAGUAUUGGGGUGGCUGUGCACAGGGUACUGUGUAGAUUUGGACUGGUUCGCAGAUCUUGCAGAGGCUCGAUCUAGUGAGAGAGCGCAUUGACUGUUGAUCUGUACUCUGCGGAUCCCAAGUAUGGAGAUCGUUUAUGCAUUAUUGUGAUCCAUUGCC